AUGUCAGUUAACAUAGUUCCACCUACAGGAGCAAUUAUACAUUUUGAAGCAACAGGGUCUGUUUGCCGCAAACCUCAAAGUUUUAAAAAAAAUAAUACCUACAGUAUCGACCUGAGAUGUCAUCAGUCGACAAUUCCUAUUGCCGAACUGAUCACAUCGCAACAAAACAUCUGCUCUAUAUCUUUGUUUUUUAAAAUGACACUUGAGGUAUGUUUGUCUUAUGCGAUUAACGCAAAAACCGCAUUUUUUCAUUAUAAUUUUCACGAAAUAAUAACUUUUUCGCGUUACUCACCACUUUGGGGAUAUUUUGAAUCUGUGCCAGUUUGUCUUGCAUUAGGUAUCUCAUAUAAUCAGGAUUAUGGCUUCUUCUACUUCCAUUGAUGGGGAUGGGGAUACCUUUGGCAGUCUGAUUUUUAUGAGGAAAAAAGAUGGAUACCCAGUUCCAUUCGACCUAAGACCUGGGCAGGUUACAUUUGGCGGAGGAGAUAAUGCAGAUAUCCGAUUAAAAAUUGCGGAUGAACGGUUGCGGGACAUGCAUUGUUUUAUUUAUAUAGAUGAAAAUGGAGUGGCCACACUAGUCAACAAAGCUGGUGAUGAUACGGUUAAAGUAAAUGACGGGCCAGUGAAAAAGAUGCAUGUGUUAUAUCAUCAAGAUGGGUCCUCCCUUUAACUCGAGAACACCGACGUAAUCGCCUUGAGUGGUGCAGACAACGGUCACUCUGGGAUCAGGAAUGGAACUGUAUUGUCUUUAGUGACGAGUUUCGAUUUUGUUUAGGCAUGCACGAUGGUCGUGCCAGGGUUAGAAGGCGACGUGGUGAAAGGAGGAAUCCACAGUUUUUUGUUGAAAGACAUGUUCAUCACACUGUUGGAGUUAUGGUUUGGGGUGCUAUAGCUUAUGGUUCCAGGUCACCUUUAAUCUUCAUCAGAGGUAACAUGAACGCGCAGCGUUAUAUCCACGAAGUUCUAGAACCCCAUCUUUUACCCUAUCUUGACACCCUGGCAGAUCCGACUUUCCAACAAGAUAAUGCCCGACCACAUGUUGCAAGAGUCACAAUAGACUUCUUUCAACAUAAUGAUGUCACAUUGUUACCAUGGCCACCCAGAUCUCCCGACUUAUCCCCAAUUGAGCAUGUGUGGGAUAUGAUGGGUAGGAGAUUGCUCAAUUUGCAACGUCCUCCUCAGACUCUAGAAGCACUUCGAGAGGAGUUGGUGGUUGCCUGGAAUGAGAUACCACAGGAGGACAUUGACCACCUGAUCAGAAGCAUGCCUAGGCGCGUUGGAGAAUGCGUAGCACAUCAGGGUGCAUCCACACAUUAUUAAGUCAAAGGGCUUUAAAGCAGUGCAAUCAUUUUGAAAUUUUUAUCAUUUACUUAUUAUGCUUCAUUAAGUACUUAUACAAAAUUUUAUUAAAAUAAAACCAUUUAAAC